AUGAUAGCACAAGUUUCGAGACAACAUAAUACAUGGGACGAUUUGCUGCCCGAAAUAAUGUUAGCCAUAAACACUAGUGCAUCAGAAUCCACUGGAUAUUCGCCGGCAUAUCUGACACAAGGACGAGAACCGCGACUGCCCCAGGCAUUAUAUGAUCAGCUCACAACAGGAACUGGUGCUAGAAUAGUCUUACCAGAAGACCGUGCCCAGGAGUUGAAAGAAAUAUUUAAGAUAGUGCGUCGAAACUUGGCAAAAGCAUCUCAAAACCAGCGGAGACAGUACAACCUUAGACGACGAGUUUGGAAACCAAAGAUUGGGGAGCAAGUUCUAAUUCGUCUACAUCCUCAGUCGAAGGUCGUCGAAAAUUUCGCCGCCAAACUAGCGCCCAAGUACGGAGGGCCGUUUGUCGUACAAAAGUUCCAAUCUCCAGUAAUCGCUGUAGUCCGAGGAAAGGACAACAUUACCCGCGUCGCGCACUUAAGCGAAAUUAAGCCUUUUUAUGAAGAACAAAAUUAA